AUGUCUCAACCCCGAUUGUUAGAGCUGGUCAAGACACAAUGUCGCAUCUUCUCGCUCAACUUCAACCCGCAAAGACUCCGGUUAGGAAAUAAGAUCCUCAGACAGCGACUGCGAGGCCCUGCACUUGCAGCAUGGUAUCCCAAGCAGGAAGUCUCUUUUAGAGAUCUCCAGAAUACAUACAAGCCUCUUGGCCUGACUACAUUUGAUGAGGCUGAAGAUGAUCGAGAGGAGGCCAUCCAAAUGUUAGUACUCUUCGGUCUUGGCGGUCCCUUGCAAAACUUCGAGGAAAAGGACGACCGAAGAAGAAGCGGAGCGCUGCGGUCACGAUCGGCAAAGAAGAAGAAAUAG